GUAAGGGACACAGGUGUUGUCCUUGAGAGCUGUACACCUACUUACCUGUGCCUGGGGUUGCCAAUUACCACAACCUGGAAAACUAUGAUUGAACAAAAGUAGAAGAUGGAACACGCUGUCUCCUCCCCCAAAACCUCAAACCUACCUAAAUUUGUAUCCUCCUGGUUGUCUAUAAAACAGACAGAAGCACCCAUAGAACAACAAUCAAGAUGGAGUGAUUAUGGAAGAUGAAAUAAAGAAAAGGCCUCAGGAAAGUAAAGGUGAUAAACGCCGGCACAAGCAGAGGAGAAAAAAGAGACAUCAGAAUGUGACAGCUCAAGGGGCAGAUGAGCAAGAGGAUAAGAAUGAGACAUUCAUGGAAUCCAGAGGCAGCCAGCAAGAUAACAUAGAGCAUAGCACACUGAGCAAUAAGGACUUGCUGACUGGGAGAACUGGAAAUACUGAGGCUCCCUGCAAUGAAGCGAUAAGUAGCCUCUGCUCACAUAUCACUUACCUACCCAGUCAUGUGACAGAGAGAUCACAUGACGGCAAACAAGAGGCUGCCGGCGAAGAGAGGCAGACAGACAGAGUGAAGAGACAUACUGACAGAAGGAAUGACUGGCAGGAGAUUGAGACAGGCAUGGAACAGAGACAGACACAUACUGAAGACCUAGAGACUAACAUGGCAGAAGCACAAACAGCAAAUAAAUAUAUUGAGACAUACAGGGCAGACAGCCCCUCUGACAUUACAGAAAGAGACAUAAUCACUAAAGAAGAAGAGAUUACUGAUGCAAGAAAUACAAAUAGUGAGGAGGAAAAGACAGUAAGUGAACAAGAGCCAGAUAAUGAGAAGCUACAGAAAUCCAGAGAGACAGUUAGUGAAGAGAAUGGAGAGGUCAGUGAUGCGAGUGAGGACUGGGAGACAGCCAGUGAGGAGGGUACAGCAUCGUAUGAAGCAAGAGAGUUGCUGGCUAGAAAGACAGACGGACAGUGCUGGGAUCUAGAGACAGUCAGUUCAAUUUGUGAUGUGAACAAGAAAGAGACAGAUGAAAGAGAUAUAAAAGCAUAUCCUGAACUGAGACUGACAUCCACUGUUAGCUUCAAUGAAGAGACUGCCAGUGUGAAGGAAGAGUCUAACCAGGAGACUGCCAGCUCAAACACAGAGAAUGACCGUAAUGAAACAGUUAGCACAGAUAUAGAGCCUGAAGUUAAAGAGACAGUCAGUACAGAUGCAGAGAAUAACUAUAAAGAGACAGUCAGCUCAGAUACAGAGAAUGAUACUAAAGCGACUGUCAGCUCAGACACAAAGAAUAAUACUAAAGAGACUGUCAGCUCAGACACAACAAAUAAUACUAAAGAGACUGUCAGCUCAGACACAGAGAAUGAAACUAAAGAGACAGUCAGUUCUGAGUCUGACACUAAAGAGACAGUCAGUUCAGAGUUUGACACUAAAGAGACUGCUGAUGCAGCUGCACAGAGUGACACUAAGGAAUGUGACAGCAUAAUUUAUGAGUCUGACAUUAAAGAGACAGUCAGUUCAGAGUCUGACACUAAAGAGACAGUCAGUUUACAGGAAGAGUUUGACACUAAAGAGACAGUCAGUUCAGAGUUUGAUACUAAAGAGACAGUCAGUUCAGAGUUCAACACUAAAGAGACUGCUGAAACAGACAGCAUAGUUACUGAGUCUGACAUUAAAAGCGCUGGAAGUACAGAUACAGAGAGAGACACUAAAGAGACAGUCAAUGGAGACACUGAGAGUGACCCUAAAGAGAAUAUCAGCACAGAUACUGGGUCUAACGUUAUAGAGUCUGCCAGGGUAGACACAGAGAGUGAGACUAAAAUUAGCACUGGUACUGGGUUUGAUGCUAAAGACACUGUCAGUUUAGAAGCAGAGUCUGACAUUAAAGAGACUAUCACCACAGACACAGAGAAUGUUAUUAAAGAGACUGUCAGUUCUUACACAGCAUCUGGCAAAAAAGAGACUGUCGCUGCCAGAAUGGAGUGUAACAUUUACAAGACAGCCAGUGCAGAAGCAGAGACUGAAAAUAAAGAGACAGUAAGCGCUUGCACUAAAGAGACUGUCAGUGUAGGUGCAGACAGUGCUAUUAAAGAGAUUGUAAAUGCAAGCAUAAAGAGUAACUGUAAUGAGACUGCCAAUACAGACACAGAGAUUUGCACAAAAGAGACUGCCAGAGUUUACACAGAGUCAGAAAAUAAGGAGAUCUUCAAUGCUGAAACUCAGCAUGAAAUUAUAGAGACAGUUAGUGAGGUGAAGGAUUUUGAUAAGUCAGAACUCAACAGUAAAGAUACAUAUGUUACUAAAGAUGAUAUUAGAGGAGAUUCUGACUCUGACUACAAAGAGACAGUAAGCCUUAAGAGACAUUCUAAAAGUAAGGAAGAGAGAGAGACUGAUGAUGAUGACAAAGAACAUGGAGAGACAGAGCUGUGCAAGGUAAAUAUAGUUACUUGUUAUACAGAGAUAACCAGUGGAACACCCAAGGCGGACUCUGCAGAAGAUGAAGGAACAGACAAUGACGCUUUGAAAGUGAUCACCAAAAAUGUGACUACAACCUCUGAGGAUAUUGUGACAGCCUUGAACAGGAAUGAUAGAAACAAUAGAGAGACAGAGAGACAGGAGAUGGAGACAGCCAGUGAAGGAAAUGGCAUAACUGGAGAAGGGAGGGUGACUGUGAGUGACAAGAGAGAUAAUGAACUCACUAUUAAUAAUACCAUAGGUGAGAUGGGAACAACAGCAAAUUACUUGAAAGAGGUGGGCACUAUAGCUAUAUGUGAAAAAGGAGAGCCACAGGGUAAGCAGGUGAUUGAGGACAUUGAUGCACAUACAAUAUUCAAAGAGAAUCUAGACACACAAAGUCCAAACACUGAGGACUUGCAUGAUAUGGAAGAAGCUCUUACUAAAGACAAAGAAGAUAUGUGUGAUACAAAAGUGACCAGUAUCACAUGGAAUAUCAGUGAUGGUAUAGUGUCUCCAUUCACUGAAAACAUAGAACAGUAUGAAAGCUUAUCAGAUCAGAGGGUGAUAGAAACUGAUGGAAAAGGUCAAGCAAGUGAGAUUAAAGACUCCACCUUAGAGGACUUGGUCAAUAAACUAGAGGCAGAAGUAGUAAGCAAGACAGAGAUGGAAAGUGAGAUAUUUCCUCUGGAGUUAGAGACAAUUAGAGUCAGUCAAGAGACCAAUGAUAAUACUGAUAAUACAGAAGAUGAACAGGUCUAUAAAGGCUAUACAGUGCAAUCCAGUGAGGAGGUAGAGGGAACGUAUUUGAUAAAUGCAAUUAAUAUGGAAAGAGCUGGCAUUACAUCUGAUGUUAUAAAAGAGACAGCGAGCCAAGCAACUUGGAUUGAGACAAAUCAAUCAAAUGAUGGUGCAAUCUGGGAAGAAACAGAAUCUGUGAGUGAAGUUGUGGACCAUAUUUUAAUCAGUAAACAAAUAGAUGACGGUGGUAAAGAGGAGAAUCUAAAUAAAACCACUGAAGUAAUAACUUAUAUUGAACAAGCACACUGCAAUGAUUCUACAGUAGAUGCAGAGACUGGUAAUUUUAGAGGCUCUGACACCUCUGUUCAGUGUGCGAUUUCAUUGGAUGUGCAUCCUGAUUGGCAGUCAAAAAAUCUUGGACAGUAUGUAGAUGUUCAUAAUUUCCAAGACAGUGAUGUAUCCCCUGCCGAACAAAGUUAUGAGGGCUACCCAACAAAUGCCCAUGUCAUAUUGUAUAGAACAGAACCAGGAGAAGAAGUUUUUCCGACAGGAAUAGAGUGUGAACAAAUAGAUGGAAUUAGAACUGUUCAAGAUACAACAGCUGCAAAACUUAACAAGGAAGUUCCUGUAUGUCCAAAAGAUAUAUCGUCAGAUGAUUACAUAAUUGAUUUGCCUGAAAAAAGAGAUGAACAUUUCUUAAAAGAGUCCUUUAAGAUUUUACAAGAAACUGUAGUAAACACUUCAGAUGAGGAAGAUGAUUAUUUACAAGAAAAAGCACUAGGCCUAGAAGAAAACAUCUUAAAAAAUGCAGUGGAAAUUGUGCAAGAAAACUUAAUUAAGUCUCAUGAAACAGACAUUUUGUUGCAUGAGCACUUAGUCAAAAUGGAUAACGAUCAAACAAACACUGUUUCUAAACUGAGAGAUGACUCAAGUAACAAGGAGUCAUGGGGGACAAAUAAUAUGACCAUGCUAAGGAGACAGAGGAGUUACACAGACCCUAGCCCUGAACAAGGAUCUAAGAAGGACACCUUACCUCUAGAGUCUGAUGUUCAGGGAUCUAUCCAGGAUUUGAAAAGAAGAAGUCUCACUCCGCCAUUGGUUAGCAGUCAACAUUUACUGCAUCCCUCAAUACAAGUGGACAAAACAUUUAAUUCUACAGAACCCUCUGCUUUUCAGGAUUACGAAAGUUUAAUUGCCAGAGGUGUUGAGAGUGAAGCACAAAAGCCAACGUAUUUUUACCCUACUCAGAUUUUCAACCCCUUAUUUUUUAUCAAUGAAAGCACUGAGGCCCUUGGAUUUUAUAAUGAGGAGGAACUUAUUCAGGACAAUAAAGAAGAGCACAGUUUAAAGAUGGCACUUAAAGAAAGACAAGACCUCCUGACACCAAGGCACAAUCACAAUAUCAGAGAAGAAAUUCAGUCUUCUCAGCCUCCUGUUGUGGAAUCAAAUACAGAUGAGACAGUAAAUAGAAGAGAAACUAUAUCAUUUUCUCCUAUGUGGAUUCCACCUCGCAGGAAACUUUAUGCAAGUGAUUUUAUUGGGCCUUCUAAAGCAAAUGAAUCUCAAAGCACUGAGGUAACAGAGAACUCUCUAGUGAGACGGGCAACCAUUAGACAAAAGAAAGGCAAUGCUACUCAGAUUCGUAAGAGGUUUAGUAGUAUCAUUCCCAGUCUGGCAGUACAAGAAGACUCAACAGAACCUAAAACAAGUGAACCAAUAAAAAACCUUCCUAAGCCACUGCCUCGGCAACAAAGAUUGUCAGGGGAUGAUGAGCAGAAAUAUUCUGUACCUGAACAGACGAACAAUAAGUCUUCCAUGGAAAAAUUAAUUGAGGAAGAAGAUAAACCUUCUGAAAAGGAAAAUAAUUACAAACCCUCAGAAUCAGUUAAAAUCAGAGAGAAACGAGUCCCAGGACACAAACCCACAGAUACCUCCAGCAGCCUCUGUCGCAGACACUCCAAGCUCUUUAACGCCUCCAGUCUCCUGUACCAAGAAUACAGCGAUGUGGCACUCAACAAGGAAAUCCAAAGGUACAACUCUCAGGACUCUCCUUCAGAAGAGAAGGACCCUGGCUCCCCAAGGUUGCGCAGGAGACUGAUGUCUUCCCAGGAUUCUUACCUGCAGCGCCUGUCAAUCUCCUCUGCAGACUCCUUGUGGCAGGACAUUCCGGCAAUACGGAGCAGCUCAACCUUUCUCUCAAUGUCCCGAGAGAAGCAGAAACUGCAGGAGGCUAAAUUUGAGCUCAUCAUGUCUGAAGCACUGUAUCUGCGCAGCUUAAACAUUGCGGUGGACCAUUUUCAGCACAACCCUGAGCUUCAUGACGUCCUCAGUGCCCAGGAACGACAGUGGCUCUUCUCCCGUUUGUCUGAGGUGCGGGAUGCCAGUUCUGACUUCCUGUUUGACCUGGAGGAGGAGUUUGAAACCGACAUCUACAGCUUCCAGGUGUGUAACCAGGUCCUCAUUCAUGAGCUGAACUUCCGCAGAGUCUACCUGCCCUACGUGACCAACCAAUCCUAUCAGGAACGGACUUUCCAAAGACUGCUUAGUAACAACCCCAGGUUUCAGCAAGUCUUGGAUAAACUAGAAAGUGACCCUGUGUGCCAGAGACUCAGCCUCAAAUCUUUCCUAAUACUCCCGUUUCAAAGGAUAACACGUCUCCGGCUGUUGUUGCAGAACAUUCUAAAGCGCAGUACCCCUGGAUCCAGCGAGGAGUCUGAAGCUACGGCAGCCCAUAAUGCUCUGGAGAAGCUCAUUAGAGACUGUAAUGAGAGUGUCCAGAGAAUGAAGGACACAGAGGAACUAAUACUUCUGAACCAGAGGAUCCAGUUUGAAUGUAAGAUAUUCCCACUCAUCUCACAGUCUCGCCGGCUGGUUAAACAUGGUGAGGUCUCUUCUCUUGAAUUCAGUAACUCUCUAACCUUCAAAUGGAAGAUCACAACUCGCCCCGUCUAUUUACAUCUCUUCAAUGACUGUCUCCUGCUGUCUCGAAUGAGAGAGGGUGGUCGUUUUGUGGUGUUUGACUACGCGCGCUCAUCUGAUGUCCGGGUGGAGAGGUGCGAGUUGAAGAUACACGGCCCACAGAAAAACAAUUUUCGCGUAUUCCUAAAAGACGGCGCUGCAGGAGCACGUGAGACAGGUGGAAGAGAGAAUGCUCAGGAUGGACGAGAGACAGAGUACAUCUUCCGUACAGAGACACAGAGUCAGAAACUGCGUUGGAUCUUGGCUCUUUCAACUCCAGUGAAGGAGACAGACUUACAGAAGUAUCAUGACCUACGCCAGGUGCAGUGCUUGAAGUCUUAUAAAUCACGUGAAAACGAUGAGCUGUCACUAGACAAAGCUGACAUUGUGAUGGUGACGCAGAAAAGUGAGGAUGGGUGGAUGCAUGGUAUGCGUCUGUCGGACUUGCAGUCUGGGUGGUUCCCACAGGUUCAUGUGCAGGCCAUUAGCCGAAAUGCCUGUCUACGAAACCUAGAAGAAGAGCAGAGGUUACGUACACUUCGGGCCAAACUUCAUCCAUCUGGUGCCAAGUAACAAGGAACCAACGUUGUAUAGAACAAUGUACAUCUCUGCUUAUAACAUUCUCUUGCUCGAUCAUAGGUGGCAGCUGCUUGACCAUGUCUGCCCAACCAUUCUGUUGCUGUAGAAGGUGUGCCUAUGCAUUCUGUUGCUAUAGAAGGUGUGCCUAUGCAUUCUGUUGCUAUAGAAGGUGUGCCUAUGCAUUCUGUUGCUAUAGAAGGUGUGCCUGACCACUCUGUUGCUAUAGAAGGUGUGCCUGACCACUCUGUUGCUAUAGAAGAAGGUGUGCCUGACCACUCUGUUGCUAUAGAAGAAGGUGUGCCUGACCACUCUGUUGCUAUAGAAGAAGGUGUGCCUGACCACUCUGUUGCUAUAGAAGAAGGUGUGCCUGACCACUCUGUUGCUAUAGAAGAAGGUGUGCCUGACCACUCUGUUGCUAUAGAAGAAGGUGUGCCUGACCACUCUGUUGCUAUAGGUGUGCCUGACCACUCUGUUGCUAUAGAAGGUGUGCCUGACCACUCUGUUGCUAUAGAAGGUGUGCCUGACCACUCUGUUGCUAUAGAAGGUGUGCCUGACCACUCUGUUGCUAUAGAAGGUGUGCCUGACCACUCUGUUGCUAUAGAAGGUGUGCCUGACCACUCUGUUGCUAUAGAAGGUGUGCCUGACCACUCUGUUGCUAUAGAAGGUGUGCCUGACCACUCUGUUGCUAUAGAAGGUGUGCCUGACCACUCUGUUCCUAUAGAAGGUGUGCCUGACCACUCUGUUCCUAUAGAAGGUGUGCCCGACCAGCCCGACCAUUCUGUUUCUAUAGAAGGUGUGCCCGACCACUCUGUUGCUAUAGAAGGUGUGCCCGACCACUCUGUUGCUAUAGAAGGUGUGCCUGUGCACUCGGUUGAUAUAUGUGUGCCUGACUAAUCUGCUGAUUAAUGAUAUACCUGCAUAUCUUUCUGCUGCUAGAUAAUUCUGUGAUGCAUAACCAAGGUUACCAGUUCUGUUACUUGACAAUAUGACUGACCAUCUCCUCUUAAGAAUAUAUGGCUAGCUUUUGUUCUGACCCAAUCUGUUGCUGACCCUUUGCUGCCACACUUACAGUUGGUUCUGCACUAAACGGCUACAACUUGAGGGUUUAUUUAAGACCAUGUAUUAUCACACUGUACAUUUGCUGCUAUGCCUUAUAAUCAUCUCAAUUUAUAUUUUUUUUUUCUGGCCCAGAUAAACAGAGUUGUAUUUAUAUUUUUAAUAAAAUAGAUAUUAUAGAUAA